GCGCCCCCAGACCCAGGCCUCCAGCUCCGAGCCUGGAGGUAGGAGCAGCAGAGGCAGGAGGACGAGGAGGAGGAGCCGUCGCAGGAUGAAGGAUCGGACUCAGGAGCUGCGGAGUGCGAAAGACAGCGAUGAUGAGGAGGAGGUGGUCCAUGUGGACCGGGACCACUUCAUGGAUGAGUUCUUUGAACAGGUGGAAGAGAUCCGGGGCUGCAUCGAGAAGCUGUCGGAGGAUGUGGAACAAGUGAAAAAACAGCAUAGCGCCAUCCUGGCUGCCCCCAACCCGGAUGAGAAGACCAAACAGGAGCUGGAGGACCUCACUGCAGACAUCAAGAAGACGGCCAACAAGGUUCGGUCCAAAUUGAAAGCGAUCGAGCAAAGCAUCGAGCAGGAGGAGGGGCUGAACCGUUCCUCCGCGGACCUGCGCAUCCGCAAGACCCAGCAUUCCACACUCUCCAGGAAGUUCGUGGAAGUAAUGACUGAAUAUAACGCGACCCAGUCCAAGUACCGGGACCGCUGCAAGGACCGGAUCCAGCGGCAGCUGGAGAUCACCGGGAGGACCACAACCAACGAGGAGCUGGAGGACAUGCUGGAGAGCGGGAAGCUGGCCAUCUUCACCGAUGAUAUCAAGAUGGACUCGCAGAUGACAAAGCAGGCACUGAAUGAGAUCGAGACGAGGCACAACGAGAUCAUCAAACUGGAAACCAGCAUCCGCGAGCUGCACGACAUGUUUGUGGACAUGGCCAUGCUCGUGGAGAGCCAGGGCGAGAUGAUUGACCGCAUCGAGUACAACGUGGAACAUUCCGUGGACUAUGUGGAGCGAGCCGUGUCCGACACGAAGAAAGCUGUGAGAUAUCAGAGCAAGGCCCGGAGGAUCUGCUGCCCAGUAUCUGAUAUGGCCACACACUGCAACAUCAACAUUGUGCAACUGACGCUUCCUGCCCUGUUGGUCAGAGCCCUGAGCACACAUCCCAGACGCUUCUCUUCCCCUGUGUCCCUGCCAUAGGAUAGGCCUGCACCCAUGAGAGCUGGGACACCCAUGUGCUCACACAUGCCAAAGCUCAGGAGGCCUCGUGUAGGUGGCCACACCCAGGCACACACAUACACACUGUAGUACACAUGCAUGCUGACUUGGGCAUGGUGCCCAUACAGGCCCACUCCCAUUUGCACAUGAAUGGGAUUGGGCCUCCUGGAAGGCUAGUGUGAGAAUGUUAUUGAUGAGGCCAAUGUUGAGGGCUGCCCCAGACAGCUAGGAAAUGAGAGAGCAUUCCUACCUUCUACACACUUACCUCAGAACUGGGAGAGGCCAAUAUUUGUCCCCAUUACCCCAUUUGAUGCUCUGGGCUCUGUCUCAGGGACCUUGGGUUUGGGGAACUGUCUGUUGCAGGUGCACUGGAGUGGCCAGUGUGGCAGCAGCCACUCAGGGAGGGCUAAGUCCCAGGAUCCAUCCCCUGGACUCAUUUGCUGAAAUGUCUGCAAUAGCUGCUUCCUGACCAGGGUGAGAUUGAGGGUGGAACACAGGCCUGGAUCUGAUGGUGAGGAAAGGGCUAGCUCCUCCCUUGUGUAGGCAGCAUAUGCACAGGUGGGUUCAUGCGUUUGGUGGCAGAUGGGAGGUACAUGAGCAAAUGACAAUGUUGGAAGGCUCCCGCACUCUGUAGCUGAGGAACAUGGACCCACAUAUACAGGACUGAACACACUA